GAAAAAAAUUUCCUCACAAAUUUGUGCAAUAAUGAGGGGUGAAUGCAAGAAGUUGUCCUUGGUGUUUGUAGCGGUGUUGGUGCUGCUGCUGAAUGUUGAGAAUGGGGUAUUGGCACAACCCCAAGUCCCAUGUUACUUCAUUUUUGGUGAUUCCCUAGUGGACAAUGGUAACAACAACAACCUCAACUCCUUGGCUAAAGCUAAUUACUUGCCUUAUGGAAUUGAUUUUCCCCGCGGACCAACGGGAAGGUUUUCUAAUGGGAAAACCACGGUAGAUGUCAUAACUGAGGAAUUGGGCUUCGACCGUUAUAUUCCACCUUAUUCAAGAGUUCGUGGCCAAGACAUACUUAGAGGAGUAAAUUAUGCUUCUGCAGCUGCUGGAAUUAGAGAGGAAACUGGAAGGCAGUUGGGUCAAAGGAUAAGCUUUUCUGGACAAGUGAGGAACUACAUAAACACAGUGAGAGCAAUUGUGAACAUACUGGGAGAUGAAAAUGCUGCUGCAGAUUACCUAAGCCAGUGCAUAUUUUCAGUUGGACUCGGAAGCAAUGACUACCUCAACAAUUAUUUCAUGCCUCUUAUAUACCAAACUAGCAGGCAGUAUACACCUGAGCAAUAUGCUCAGGUUCUUAUUCAACAGUAUGCUGAGCAAAUAAGGAUAAUGUACAACUACGGAGCAAGGAAGCUUGUUCUACUUGGAGUGGGUCAAAUUGGCUGCAGCCCAAAUGCAUUGGCCCAAAAUAGCCCAGAUGGAAGGACCUGUGUAGCAAGAAUCAAUAAUGCCAAUCAGUUGUUCAAUAACCAACUCAAGGCAUUGGUGGACACCUUGAACAACCAGUUCACUGAUGCAAGAUUUAUCUACAUCGAUGCUUAUGGCAUUUUCCAGGAUAUACUCAACAGUCCCUCUUCUUAUGGUUUCACUGUCGUAAAUGUUGGGUGCUGUGGUGUUGGAAGAAACAAUGGCCAAAUAACAUGUCUUCCUUUACAAACUCCAUGUCGAAAUAGAAAUCAAUAUCUGUUUUGGGAUGCUUUUCAUCCAACUGAAGCUGGCAAUACCAUAGUUGGAAGAAGAGCGUACAGGGCUCAAAAGUCAUCAGAUGCAUAUCCAAUUGACAUAAGUCGCUUAGCACAACUUUGAAGAUGUAAACUUCAAUUAAUUAGAGUCAAAGGAGAU